AUGGCUUCUGUGACUUCACUGGACAAAGACUUGCGCAACCUGCGACUGUCCCGCUAUACCCCGCAGGCAGCCGCGGAGGUGCGCGACUGGAUCGAGGAGGUACUACGGGAGAAACUCCCAUCCAGCGAUCUGCUGGAGGGAUUGAAGGAUGGCGUGGCCCUUUGCAAACUGGUCAAUCUGGCUGUGUCACCAGGCGUGCACUAUAAGCAGUCAGCGAUGCCAUUCGUACAGAUGGAGAACAUCUCGCAUUUCCUCCGCGCAUGCCAAAUGGCACCUCUGAGCCUACCACCCCACGAUGUCUUCCUUACAGUCGAUCUCUACGAAUCCAAGGAUCCGGCUCAAGUUCUCCAAUGCAUAGCAGCAUUCAGCCGCCGAGCGAAUGCCCUCGCGCCUGGCAAGUUCCCUCGAACAGUUGGCCCUCAGAGCAAGCGUGGAGUGAUCAGCCCGAAUGAAACCGGCUCAUCGGGCACUGGGUCGUUUACUCGAAAUGGCCGGGCCUCAAGUAGCGCUAGUGAUGCGACAAAGCCAUCGGGCUCGUAUAGCUCCUGGAGCAAGAGAGACGACGAGGGAGCAACUUCCCCGGCUUGGAACAUCCAUCAAUACGGCUACAUGGGUGGCGCCAGUCAGGGCAAUCAAGGCAUUGCAUUCGGUGCUCGGCGACAGAUCACUACACCUGGCCCAGCUGUGCCUAGUCUGGCGGAGAAGGAGAAACGUAGACGGGAGGAGGAAGAUAGAAUUCUCCAGGAGAAUGCAGAGAGAGAGGAGGCCGAACGGAUCCGCCAGCGACAGCAGGAGGAAGAAGAGGCCCGGGCGAAGGCCGAGGAGGAACGCCGUUGGGCAGAAGAGACCGCUCGUCUAAGAGAGAAAGAACGCCAGGAAAUGGAACUGGAGAAGAAGCGUUGGGAUGAGGAAAAGCGUCGGUGGGAGGAAGAGGAGCAGCGCCGCGCCGCUGAAGAAAACGCAGCUGAAGAGCGCCUUGAGCAAGAGCGACAGCGUCGACGGGGCGCCAACGAUGCCCGUCUCAAUGGACAGUUCCUCAGUCAAUAUCAGGCUGGCCAAUCUCGCAGCGUCAGUGUCAGUAGCGCCGCUGAGAUACCUGAGGAGACCCCGGAAAGCCGCCGCAUUAAAGAGCUCGAGCACGAGCUGGCACUGGCUAAAGAGCGGGAACAACAAUAUCAGAGCGAACGGCAAAGCGUUCAAUCUCAGGGCAGCACUGAGCCUCAGCCUCAAAGCGAGAGCCGUCAACGCCCGGCCCCCGUGCCUCCUAAGCCAAGCUACGAUCUCUCCUCGCUGGAACAGGAACGGCGAAUGCUUCGUGGGGAGUGGCAGAAGAAUCAGGAAAUGCCAGCCGCUACCGAGGAAUCAGAGAGAGCAGAAGAGGAGCAGGCGCCUCCUCCGCCCCCUCGCCCACUCCCGGAGCCUGUUGCCUCACCCAAGCCUGCAGUUCCACCUCGUGACCUUCCUGCAGCUCCACGUCCCUUGCCAGACCCGGUAGCAUAUACGGCUAAUCGUGGUCAUGAGAACCGUGUCGACCGCUUCCUUUCGUCGAACCCGGCGCCUCAAGCCCCUGCCCCAUCUACCCACCGGCCACAAGACUACAGCACUACAUCUGAAGUUGACGCAGAGAACCAGCGCCGCAUUGAAUCUCAGCAGAAAACUCGUGCUGGUGGAUGGGCUUCCAAGUCACUUCUGGAACGUGAGAUGGAGCGUGAACGUGAGCGCCAGCGCGAGUGGGAAGAUAACCAGAAGCAAACGCAAGCUGCUGCGCGUGAUUCCACUACGGGCUCUGGGCCAGGCCAAAGCUGGGAUGUUCACCAAUAUGGCUACAUGGGCGGCGAUAACCAGAAUCGUGGCGGCACAGGCUUAGGGAUUGGAGGUGCCAGACGACAGAUUAUUGGACCUCGACCUCCGCCAUAA